AGUUCCUUCAAAGGUCUCUUUGUUUUCAGGAAGAAACCCAAGACAGCUGAAAAACAGAAAGAGCCUGAGGAGAAUGAGAUUACGCAGACGGGUGCAUACAGCGCCAAGUCAGGCCUUCCCUGCCUGAACUUUGAAACUGUCCCAUCUUUGAGCCCAGCUCUCAUCCAUUCAUCACAUUCAGCAAGAAACCUGCACGCACACACAGGGUCACCUGAUUGUAACAUUAGUUGCAAGGGGAUGACAGAGCGCAUUCAUAGCAUCAAUCUCCACAACUUCAGCAAUUCUGUGCUCGAGACCCUCAACGAGCAACGCAACCGUGGCCACUUCUGUGAUGUGACGGUCCGCAUCCACGGGAGCAUGCUGCGCGCCCACCGUUGUGUGCUGGCGGCCGGCAGUCCCUUCUUCCAGGACAAGCUGCUACUGGGCUACAGCGACAUUGAAAUUCCUUCUGUGGUGUCAGUCCAGUCAGUACAAAAGCUCAUUGACUUCAUGUACAGCGGGGUGCUACGGGUCUCACAGUCAGAGGCCUUGCAGAUCCUCACAGCAGCCAGCAUCCUUCAGAUCAAGACUGUGAUUGACGAGUGCACCCGGAUUGUGUCACAGAAUGUGGGCGACAUCUAUCCAGUGAUCCAGGAUUCUGCCCAGGAGACACCGCGAGGAACUCCUGAGUCAGCCACUUCAGGACAGAGCAGUGAUACAGAGUCCGGCUAUCUGCAAAGUCACUCACAGCACAGUGUAGACAGGAUCUAUUCAGCAUUGUAUGCCUGUUCUAUGCAGAAUGGUAGCGGAGAGCGUUCAUUCUACAGUGGAGCAGUGGUCAGCCACCAUGAAACAGCGCUGGGACUUUCCAGAGACCAUCGUAUAGAAGACCCAAGCUGGAUUACACGGAUCCAUGAACGCUCACAGCAGAUGGAGCGGUAUCUCUCCACUACUCCAGAAACUACACACUGCCGGAAGCAACCACGUCCAGUUCGGAUCCAGACCCUCAUGGGCAAUAUUCACAUCAAGCAAGAGAUGGAGGAUGACUAUGACUACUAUGGACAGCAGAGGGUACAGAUCCUAGAGCGAAAUGAAUCUGAAGAAUGCACUGAGGAUACUGAUCAAGCAGAAGGCACUGAGAGCGAGCCCAAGGGGGAAAGCUUUGACUCAGGAGUCAGUUCCUCUAUUGGCACUGAGCCUGAUUCUGUUGAGCAGCAAUUCAUAACUGGUCUAAGCCGAGAAGGUCAGCAAGACCCUCCUCAAGCAGAACAAAAUGAUGCUUCUGCUGAAGGCAUUCAGCAGCAGCACAUAGAUGCCAACUCUUCCUCACCGGAGAGAGGCAAUGACAUUGAAAGGGACAGCACACUGCUCACUGUAAGCAACAGUACUGAAAAGGGGACUUUGCAGCCUUCUAUCACUACAACUGUUGCCCAAACAUUGCCAAGCACCCAGCUCUACUUACGCCAGACAGAAACCCUCACCAGCAAUCUGAGGAUGCCGCUGACUCUGACCAGCAACACACAAGUCAUUGGCACAGCUGGCAAUACCUACCUGCCUGCACUGUUUACUACACAGUCUGCUGGCAGUGGUCCUAAGCCUUUCCUCUUCAGCCUGCCCCAACCCUUAGGCCAACAGACACAGUUUGUGACAGUCUCCCAGCCUGGUCUGUCAACUUUUACUGCUCAACUGCCAGCCCCACAGCCCCUGGCUCCUUCUGCAGGCCACAGCACAGCAGGUGGGCAGGGUGAAAAAAAGCCUUAUGAGUGCACCCUCUGCAACAAGACUUUCACCGCCAAACAGAAUUAUGUCAAGCACAUGUUUGUACAUACAGGUGAGAAGCCACACCAAUGCAGCAUUUGUUGGCGAUCCUUCUCCCUAAAGGAUUACCUAAUCAAACACAUGGUGACUCACACCGGCGUCAGAGCCUACCAAUGCAGCAUCUGUAACAAGCGUUUUACCCAGAAGAGCUCCCUAAAUGUGCACAUGCGGCUCCACCGUGGGGAGAAAUCCUAUGAAUGCUACAUCUGCAAGAAAAAAUUCUCACACAAGACCCUGCUCGAAAGACACGUGGCUCUGCAUAGUGCCACAAAUGGAACACCUAGCACAACGGGCACUGGUGCAAGGGCUCUUCCCACUGGAGUGAUGGCCUGCGCAGAGGGAACCACAUAUGUCUGCUCCGUCUGUCCUGCUAAGUUUGACCAAAUUGAGCAUUUCAAUGACCACAUGAGGAUGCAUGUUUCAGAUGGAUAAGUAAAAUCUAUUCUGUUAUGAACAACAACAAAGCCCAACCAGAGAAACAACAACAAAAAGCUAUGGCACUAGAAUUUAAUAAUUUUUUUUUUCAUUUUUACUUUUUUGUUUGUUUAUUUUCAUUUCAUUUUUGUACUACAUGAAGAACUGUUUUUUGCCUGCUGGUACAUUACAUUUCUGGAAGCUGGGUGAAUAGUAAUUAGCUCAGCCUUCCUUUGAUGGUGGCCUUAAGGCCAGAUAGUGCUUCAAGAGAUCUACUGGUUGGAUCUCUAGCUACUGGCCUCUAAAUACAACCCUUCUUUACUACAAAAAAAAACUUUUAAAAAAAAAAUCUUUGUCACUUGUGAAGAGCACUACACACACACAAAAACCCAACAACUAGAGGAGAAAUAUGCUAUGAAAUCUACAAGGCCUACUGUCGUAAGUACACCGCUUACAGUGUUUCAAUGGACAGAUUCACAAUUCUGACCGCUUUGGACUUCACAGUAUCCAGUUAAAACUGUGGAAUAGAACCAUAUGGUUGAGCAGCAACCACAGAAAAUGGGCCCUAUUGGAUUCCACCAUUAGUCUUGCUAUCUUAAAAAAGGGCUGUGGAGAAGGGCAAGGGAGUUUGGGUUGGAUGGUGUGGAGUCCCUGCAGGAUGGGGAAGGAGAAUAAUAGGUUCCUCUUGUGGGUUCUGUUCCAUUCCACACAUUCUGAUUCAUGAUUCCCAACUUCUUUCCUCCCCACUAACAUCAACAUCAUAUUUCAUCAAAAGCUAGGAACAAUGAAGUAAGAAUUGAGGUGAGCAAAGCUGGCUUUUUAUGUAAUUUAUUCAGUGUCUUUGCUGAGCCAUGGGCCUCAGCACAAUCAACGGGACUUUUGCAAAUAUCAAAGAGAAACAGCAAAAGGAAAAGAUUUCAAUAUUUUUCCCCCACCUAGUGUUCUAGAUACAUGAAAAGGAUUAGCUCCCACAAUCUUUGGGGGUAGGUUUGUUUUUUUGUUUUUUUAAAGGCUGCAUCAAGAUUUAUUCUUGUGGAAGAAAGUGACGUAGAAAGUGGGUGGGAAGUAACUAAAAAAAAGUUCUCAAGAUUUUUUUUAAUUCAAAAUUUUAUAGAGGGACAGAUGUGGUGUUUACCAGAUAGAGUGCUGAUUUUUUAAAAAAUAUAUUUACCACAGUAUUUGUGUAAAAAAACAAAAAAAACAAAAGUGUAACCUUGUUAAAAGUAAUUUUUGUUUUCUCUUUUGUUUUGCAUA